AAACAAAAGAAAAUCAGUUUGCGCCUGCCUAUAGUCUCAAGUCAAAAAUUUUAACUUGUGUUCGUACAUACAUGAGUGUUUUCGGACUUAUCUGUGCAAUAAUUAGGGACAUCCUGAUGUUAAACUGAAGGCACCUUCGAUCGCGUCUGUCGAGCAACUGAUUGGUGCUUAUCCGCGAUGGAUCCAUCAAACCCAGCGCCUCCAGAGGCGGCAGAACCGCCUCCUGCUGAGGCUACUCCCAGUCCCGUCCCCAGUGAGGCUAUGACCGUCUCUUCGGAGAGCCUGCCGCCCCCGACAGCGCCGGUCUCCAAGCUGAAACCACCGAGCAAAAUUGCCCGCCCAACCUCCGGAUUGCCGAAACCGACCGCCAAGACUCCUGUGCCUCCGCAGGUCGCACCGCUCAAAGGUGCUGCCAGUUGCAUACCAUCAACGCCAGCAGCUACGCCAGCGAAGCUGAUGAUCGCAGGUGACGUGACCUUUGGCAGGCCUGAGGACCUCUGCUCGAAAAUGACACUCGCAGACGUGGCUGAGGGUCAUGAGGACGACUGCCUUUCGCACACAUACGCCGACUUGAUGAUGCACGGGCGCCGUGGUAGCGAUGAUAUCUUUGGCCGCCGCCGAUCAUCUAACGGCAGCAUCGAGUCUUGGGAACAUGCAAGGCGCCUCAGCGAAGCUGGAGUAAGGAGAACCUCAGAUGCGAGCGUAGUGCUGACCGAAGACACUGACAGCUUUAUCAUUGGCAACCGAGUGUGGGUGGGCGGCACCAAGCCAGGCCUCAUCGCCUUCAUCGGAGAAACACAAUUCGCCCCGGGAGAGUGGGCCGGCGUGGUGCUCGACGACCCCUCAGGCAAAAAUGACGGCUCCGUGGGCGGAAUCCGCUACUUCCAGUGCGAGCCUAAGAGAGGAGUCUUCUCGCGCCUCACCAGGCUGACAAGAGAGCCCCUCGAGGGUGCCGCCAGGGCCGAGGCCACCCCCACAUAUAGACGCACGUCAACUGUGUCGCCUACCGGCACCUCCCGCCGAUCACCCACACCCUCCCUUGAUGGCAGCAUGAUUUCUACUGUUUCCAACGUCAACUUCCAAAUCGGCGACAGGGUAAUUGUCAAGUCACAGCAGGGCUCCAAACUGGGCCACCUCAGGUUCAUGGGAACAACAGAAUUUGCCACCGGAGAGUGGGCAGGCGUUGAACUGGACGAGCCGCUGGGCAAAAACGACGGUGCCGUUGGAGGGAAAAGAUAUUUCGAGUGUCGUGCCAAACACGGUCUGUUCGCACCGCUGCACAAAAUCUCAUUGUCCCCGUCAAGUAGACGGCUUUCGGCAGCCAACUGCAUGGUGCACCGCGGCUCCACUUCAUCCCAAGUUGCCGCUGCCAGUAUUCGCAGACAUAACUCACGUGAAAGUCUGACAUCCAGCAUCGCCUCCUCCAGGGUCUCAGCUACUCCCUCGGCAAGGGUAAAGCUCGGAAUCAAUUCUCUGGGCUCUCCUCCAAAGAAACCAAUGUCAACUGUCCGUCCAGGAAUGACAUCACUGUCCUCCCUACAGGAGCAAGUGAAAGCCAAAGAUAAAUACAUUGCCCAGUUACUGAAGGAAAGAGACUUGGAGCGUGCUGAGGUUACAAGAGCGGCAACGCAGGCAGAAGAGGCUGAACAAAAGCAUACUACGCUUCUGCAGGAGAUAGAAAAACUACGCACAAAGGCUGCCAAUGAUUCCAAAGAUCUGCAAGAAGCUGCGGAAAAGCUGAAAAGCGAGAAAGAUGAAUUGCAAUCACAACUGGAAGAAGCACAGUUCAGGGUUGAAGAGGAGAGCAUUAACAGAGCAGACAUUGAGAAGGUGAAACAGAGCCAGGAAGCUAGCGAAAAAAUUCAACAUGAGCGAGCUGCUCAGCUGGAGCAGCAGUUAGCUGAUGAAAGGGAGAAAGCUGAGCGUUUGGAAAAAGACUCAAACCGGUGUUUUGAGGCAGAAGAACAACUCUCCUUGGCUAAAGAGGAACUUGACGUCUUGCGGUCUGAAUUGGCGAAAACGCAGGUUCAGGUUACAAAACUCUCCGAUCAGAAGUCUGCUGGAGAACACGACAAAAAGAUUGAAAGCGAAACCCUGCAAAUGGAAGUUGAAUCACUGAAAAUGUUGCUGGAGACCAAAGAGUCGCUCUUUGCUAAGCAGACCGAAGAAAAAGAUGCUCAAAUUGUAGAUGCUACAAAGAAAGCAGCAGAAAACGAAAGGCAAGUCAAGCAGCUCCAGUCAGAGGUUGAAAGCCUGCUAGGAAAAAUCGAUGCGGCUGACGAGAAGCUCAGAGCCACAGACGAAAGUUUUAGCAAGGAGAAGAAAACAUUGGAUGACCAAAUGGUUGUUAUUAAUGAGAAGGAGGCGAAAAUCAGAGAGCUGGCUGUCAAGCUUGAUGAGGAGACAGAAUUGUUAAAAAAGAUGAAGGAGAGUUAUGAGUCAGCUAUGCAAGAGCUUGAGAAGUUUAAAAAUGAAGCAGAGCUCAAGAAGAUGGAGGUGUCAAAAAAGGAAGAAGACCUAAAGAGUGCCUUAAAAAAAUUGGAUGAAGCCAACAAAGCCAUAUCACAACGGGAUAGUGAGAUGGAAAAUGUUAAAAAGGAGCUAGACAUGGCUCUGCUUGGUGCCAAAGACACCAACACUCAGGUUGCGACUAUAAAGGGCUUGCUCAAUGACAAAGAAAAGGAAGCAAUAUCUUUGAAAUCUCAAAUUGAGGAGGUCGGCAAAAAUCUGAAUGACCGUGAUGCAAAUAUCAGUGAAUUACAAAAUGAGUUAGCAAAAAAAUCCAAGCUCGGUGAUGAACUCUCUGCUAAACUUCAAGAAUACACUGCUCAGUUGGAGAGCAAGAGCAAAGACUUAAACGACUUACACGUUGAAUCAGAAUUAAAAAAAUCUUCUCUACUGGAGUUGACUCAGAAGCUAGAUGAAUUUUCGGCAACUCUGCAGAAAAAGGAUGAAGAACUUUCUGCUGCAAACAACAGCAUUGCCAAGCAAAAACAGGAAGCUCUCAAAUUACAGGCCGAUCUUGGAGAUAUGCAAGCUAAACUCAAAGAUCAAGAAGAGCUUUCUGCAAAUCAGAGCCAGUCUCUGCAACAGCUGCAAUUAGAACUGGGUGACGUGCAAAGAAAAUUGCAGUAUGCUGAGGAGCGUGGAAAUUUAGUGACAGAGGAGAAGAAAAAAUUGGAGUCUGAUAUUGCCAAUUUGAUGAACAGUUCUAGCGAUUCUUCGGCGCAACUUUUGCAGCUCAAUUCCGACUUGAGAGAGCGAGAGAAAGAGCGGGAUGAGUUGCGUAGUAAGCUGGGACAAGCUGAGCAAGAUGCGGCCAACCUCGAGCAAAAGUUGGAGCAGACGUUGAGAGCUCAUCAGCAGCAGAAAGAGCACGACUCGACUGAGCACUCUGAAAGAGUACAUAAACUGGAAUCGGAGCUGAUGGUUUGCGAUAAAAAAUUGGAGGAGGAAGUCAACUCUGCGAAAGAGACCAAAAACAAACUCCACUCAGAGCUGGCUGAUCUGAGCAAAAAAUUGGCUGAGGCUGAGAGCUCAAAAGCUGAAACUGUCAAAAAACUUGAGAAGGAUUUGCAGUUUGCUCAAGAUAAAAUUGGUGCCUUGAAUGGUGAAUGCGAGUCACUGAGAGAGCAGAGCAAAGAGCUCAAAACUCAUCAGGGAGAGCGUGAAAAAGAAACCAAGCAAAAGGUUCACGAGUUUGAGCGUCAAGUGGCUGGACUGAAGAGCGACAAGGAAAUUUUGCAGCAUGAUUUGAAGACCAAAAGCGAAGAAAUCGAAACUCUCAAAGGGGAACUUGGUCAGCUUCAAGAAAAUUCCAAGUCUAGCCAGAGCGACUUGAGCAGGAAUCUUGCAGACGCCAAAAAGUUGCUUUCAGAUGUGCAAGCACAAAAUGCUCAACUAGAGGAACAUAUCAAAACACUAGAACAAAGCGCAGCACAAAAUGAUAUUAUUAAAACUGAGCUUACUGAAAAGUUUAACGCAGCGCUGAAGCAAUUUAAAGAGCUAGAGAUUAACUUUGCAUCUCUUACUGAGAGUGAUUUGGCUUCUAAAGCAACCAGCCAAAAGCUUCAGGAGCAGCUGAAAGAGAUGAUCUCUAAAAAUGCACUUCUUAGUGAUGAUAACGGAAAACUCAAUGAAAAACUGGUAGCACUCAAUGUGCAGCUGCAAGAGGCCUUGUCAACUCACAAAAAUUUGGAGCAGAACAUGCUGCAGAAAUCAGAGCAACUCUUAGCUACUGAGGGUGGCCUGAAAAAUGAGUUGGAAACUAGGACCCAAAAUUUCCAGAAACAACUGGCAGAAUUGAUUGCAAGUAAGGAGCUGAUGGAAAAGAAGCUGAAACAGGAAAUUGAUGAAGCUAAGGAAAAAAUCGUCAGUUUGUCUUCUUCAUCAGAAAGCUCUAUUAAUGAGAAGGAAAAGAUUGUGUCUUCUAUAAAAGAGGAGUUGAAACAGGCGUUAGCAGAGCGAGAAUCCCUUGCAAGCGAGAAAUCGCAGAGAGAUAUAGAACUUGCAACUUUGAAAAACCAGCUUGCUACGAGUGAUAAGCAACUUGAGGCAGUCGAAAGCAAAUCCAAACAGGUGGUGGAGAAACUGUCAAAGGAAUUGUUGGAUCUUGCUGCACUUAACACUGCAGAGCAAGAAAAAUUGAAAAAUGGAUUUGAAAAGAUGGUAGCUGAAGCAGAAGAGAAAUCUGCUGCAAUGGCGCUACAGUUGAAAGAUAUGACAGCUAAAAUGGGUAACAAAGAUGUUGAACUGAAGCAAGUUUUUGAUGAGGUGGAGCGGCUGAAAAAGCAGUCGGCAACAGCUGGACAGAGUGGAAGGCAGUUGGAAACCUUGCAGAACGAAAAGGUGCAAAUGCAGCUUCGCCUAUCGCAGCUUGAGAACCAAAAUAAGCAAUUGCAAAGCACUAUUGAAGCACAAGCAAACUUGAACAAUAAUAUGGACCCAGCGUCAAAGCAAGCAAUUGAGGAAAAGGAAUCCGCACAAAGCCAAAUUAAUUUCCUGAACUCAGUGAUUGUUGACUUGCAACAGAAAAACGACAAACUGAAGGCAAAUGUCGAAUUUUUGGAAAUGGGCAUAAGCCCUGAAGAUGUAGCUGACUUGCAAAGAGAUAAUAUCAAACCUCGAGCACCCGCGCCACGCUUAUAUUGUGAUAUCUGCGAAAUAUUUGACCAGCAUGAAACUGAAGACUGUCCAAAGCAAAUGGGAGAUUCACCCCCACCCAGCCCCAAAGAUGGAAAGAAAAAGAAAACUCCGCCAGCUGAUCGUCCUUACUGUGAAACUUGUGAAGUAUUUGGACAUUCAACGGAGGAAUGCGUCUUUGAAGACACCUACUAGAUUUUCACCAAUUUGAUAUUCCCAUGUUAACGCCUUGAAUGCAGUAAUUUAAUCAGAUAACUUGUGUAAUCCUUCCAAAAUUUAGAGCAGCUUGAUUUGAACAAUUACAUAUAUAUCAACUCUAAAAUGAUGCUGUAUAACACCAAAUAAUACAAAUUUAUGAUAGUAUCUUAGUCCUACCUCUGGAGAAGAGAAUGCUUAUUAAUCAAGAAAUUUGGAGGCAGCUUGACAAAAUUAUGUAAAGAAAAAAUGGAGAGUUGUUUAUCCCUUGUUAAUUAAUUAAUGGUGCAAGUCUUUCACACCGAUUCACUGCAAGUAAUGAUAUUAUAUUUUGCAAUAGUUUUCCCAAUUGUGUGAUUUAUUGUACCAUCAAUACUAUUGAGCUUUGUCACAUUACACAGAAAAGUUUAUUACUUAAAUUAAAAGUUAUACUUCAAGCGCAAA